AAAUGGAACCCAAAUGGUUAGUAAAUCCUAAAUUCGAAUGCAACAAAACGCGAAGAACUAACAUUACUUUGCUGCACAUAGCCGAGAUAGCGUGUGGCAAUGGCUGCCGCAAUUUGGGCCUCUUCUUCUUCUUCAUUCGCUCGCGCUCUCCAUCCCUUCUUCAUUCACCGCACAGCUGUCUCCCCUAUUAACUAUAGUCUUCAUCUAUAUAAAUCAGCUAGCUGGUUAUUUUUCUCCACAAGUAGUAAUAAACCUCCAAAAUUGGCUGUAUACGCUCAAGCUAGGCGAACUUCAUCUUUCAAAACCAAAGGAGACGAACUGGCUACUGCUGCUGAUUUGAGCUUUGAGGGGCCUUUGAAGAUUGUAGAAUAUCCAGACCCAAUCCUGAGAGCAAAGAACAAAAGGAUUGCUACAUUUGACGAUAAUUUGAAGAAGUUAGUUGAUGAAAUGUUCGAUAUUAUGUACAAAACUGAUGGCAUUGGGUUGUCUGCACCACAAGUUGGAAUGAACGUUCAGCUAAUGGUAUUUAAUGCAGCUGGUGAACGUGGAGAGGGGGAGGAGAUUGUUCUCGUCAAUCCACGUGUUAGUAGAUAUUCUAGGAGGAUUAUACUUUAUGAUGAAGGUUGCUUAUCUUUUCCAGAGAUAUAUGGUGAUGUUCAGAGACCAGACUCAGUUAAGGUCGACGCACAGGACAUUAAUGGUGCAAGGUUUGAGAUAAGCUUGUCUGCGCUUCCAGCACGAGUCUUCCAGCAUGAAUUUGAUCACCUGCAGGGAGUUCUUUUCUUUGAAAAAAUGACUGAUGACGUCCUGGACACCAUCCGUGAAGAAUUAGUGGCUCUGGAAAAGAAAUAUGAGGAGAAGACUGGGUUGCCAACCCCUGAAAGCAUAACUACACGGCAAAUAAAGAAGGCAGCUGUUGGAUUUGGCAAAUCAUGAGUUUACUGAUAUCUAUGAGAUAUCCUCAGAGUUUGUGUGAUGAAGCACAAAAUGGGAAUACCAGCUUUUCCUGAACUUUGGUCUGCCAUUGAUCGAGACACCUGUGCUAUGUGGAACUUUCCAAAAGUGUGUCCUCUGAGGUUUAUCCUUCUACUGAUACUGCUCUGUUUAGGAAUGAUAGGGUUACCACAGUAAUUUGUACUGAAAAAGAACUGUAAGUACAUUUGAUCAAGCUUGAAAAUCAAGAAAUGGCCUUGUUGA